AUGACUACGCUUGAAUACUAUCAGCAACAAGUGGAGAAGGCAGAUAAGAAGCUUGAUGAUGCGAACGCGGCGUUGGAGAAGUUUCAGGAGUCGAAGUACGGAGAAGAGAAGCUGAAUGAGUUGAGGGAAAAGGAGGUAAACGAAACCAUUUCUGACAGAGAGAGACAAUGGUUGACCGAGUUGAAGAACAGAGAGCAGGAGUUGAGGAGGCGCGUAGAUCUGUCUGAGAUUGUGAAAAAAAGGAAGGCAGAUGAAGACCAGCUCUCAGACGUCGAACGUGAGCGUGAACCACGAAAGCAACGUUUGGCAGAAGCACUGGAGACAGUAUCCCACCAAAUUAACGAAGCACCUGGCCCAUCCUCGCUGGCACUUCGCAAAACGUUCCCCAUGCAGCAACAAACGCUCAAUUUUCUCUGCCAUCGUCCCCCGACACACUGUGGUCGUCAAAUUAUCUGGUAUCAUCAAGCUUUCCGGAACUUUGUAAGACACAGCACAGAUCAGAGCAUCCAGCCAUCCAAAAUUUCUUAUGAUGCAAGUGUCGAGCUUUGCGAUGCCAUGGCAAAGAUAUACAGAGGAGAGAAUGAGCGAUGCCAAGCACUUGAAACUGUGCUGUCACAGGAGUUUGGGCUGGAGUUUGCAGAAAUCACCUUAAGCAACAAUUCCAGACCUGAUGGAAUCAGUAUGCAUGAGAUUAGUCUCCCCAAUCCUAAGGACCGCUCUCGUACUUAUCGGGAACAUGUAGCGAUAAUCAUUCGUGAGAGCAAGAAUGAGAUUGAGGGUGCAACAAAUGAUCCAUAUCUCCAGGCAACGUGCUCGUACUCUAAAUUCUGGAGCCAGACAAAGUUCAAGGAUUUGCGGGAAAAAAGCAACUGUCCUUCAAUGCUGUUCUGCUCGGCUGGACCAUGGUUUUGCAUAUGCGGAGCAGUGUUCCUUGAUACAAUUAUCGUGGACCCUUUGACAGACAUGAUUCCGCUGAUGCCCACGAAUGAUAUGAUGCAUUACAUGAAAAUUGCACAGGUAAUAGAGGCACUCAAAACCGCUUAUAAUGACCUUGCCGGGUACUACAAUGCAUUAGUGCAAUCAGAACAAAUGCUCACGAAUGAUAUGGAUAUGCAGCGAUUCUAUCCUGAUGUUAGGAGGUUCAAGGACAUUAAUGGCAAGGAUGUUAGUUUUGACUACACUGGUGACCUCUGUGAUCAGUGUGUUACUACAGAACAUUUGCACCUAUGCCGGUGCACCAAGCCUUACCGGGGCGAAACAGAGGAUGGUCAAGAAAUUGUUGUGAAGUUCACAACGCAGUACAAUGAGGCUGCUCAUGAACUGUGUGCUAAAGAUAACCUGGCUCCAAAGCUGCUUGGUGUCAAAGAAGUCUCCAAGGGAUUGAAGGUGAUCAUUAUGGAAUAUGUUCAGAACAGCAGGACAUUACAUGAAUAUAAGCCCUCACAGCAAGAUCAGUACUUGCACGUGAUGGAGGAUGUGAAGAGGGCCAUCAGUUUAUUGCACAGAAAUGGUUAUGUCUUUGGUGACCUGCGCUCGUCCAAUAUUCUCGUUCUUCCAGACUCUGCAGAGUCAACAAAGGUGCGGGCUGUGCUCGUCGAUUUCGACUGGGUUGGAAAGGAUGGUGAGGACACAUAUCCCAUAUCCAUGAACGCCCAAAGCAUUGUGUGGCCUGAUGGCGUAAAAGGGGGCGAGCCCAUGCGGAAGAUGAGCUGCUCAAGCUUUUGGAGAAGCAAUAUAUUCCAUG